AUGGCACAGUGUGACGACUCGACGCAACCACCGUCAAGUUGGACUCGGGACCCUCUAAGGGAGCAACUAGCUCACCUGGCCACACACACUCCAAUUCAGGUUGCUCGACCGCAAGAAGGCGUGCCGACCGCGUUUCACGCCAUGCAACAAGGCGGAUGGCGAAUUCCUUUCGCCGGUUUCACUCCUUCACAACCUCAACCUCUAUUUCGAUCCACUUGGCAACAACCAACCAGCGGAGAAUGGUCAGCAAAUAAUAAUAAGAUAAAUGAGUGGAAAAGAUGGAGCUCAUUGGAAGCUCCACCACCCGAGUUAGCUCGGCCUCGUCCUCAGCUGCUCUCGCCUCAUUUCGGUUCACCGAUUUUGCCUGGAGGACAGGCGGCUCUACCGGCACCACGCACCUCUGACGUAGUUAAAGAGGAGGAGACGUGCGAACCUAUGGAUCAACAUGACUUUCACAAUCUGAAAGAGGAAGAACGGAAGUCUGAAGAACACCAUUCAGCAUCGUACGAUGCUUCAGCGUCCCCGUCUCUUAGCGGUGAUGACGAUGAACGUCGACUUGAUGUUGAAGGCGGAGAUGAUCAGCAUUCAGAAGAAGUUGAAGUUGAUGAUAGCAAAACCACAUCUAAACUUCGUAUGCAAACAAGUACAGAUUAUGAAACUGAUGAAGGACAUCCGGAAGAUAACGAUGAUAACCAAGUCAGCACAACGACAACACACAAAGAAGAUGAAGCUUCACAUCUCUUGUUGAACUUUUCACAACAAUCGUUCACCUCAACUAGUGAUCAGUCACGGAUUCAAUGUCUUCCAUCACCAACAGAAAGUGGUAAAGCUGGUGAUCCGAAUAUUCCAACCACAACCACACAUUCAUCCACACCAACGCUUAACGCUGGAUUUUCGGCUUCAAACGAACAGCAUGCAACCGUUGUCGUGUCGACGUCGGAUAGCAAUCCGUCUUUCUGUCGUCCUCCUGGACUUGGGCCUGCAGCGUUUUGCACUCCAAUCACCGGACAAAGUGCUGCGCUUGUUUGUCCAAUUUGUGGAUUUUCAUGUAACUCAAAAUUUCACUACAAUAGUCAUAUGAAUACACACGGUGAUCAUCAAUGUAGUAUGUGCGAUUAUACGAGUCGCACCGAGGGAAGACUAAAGAAACACAUGCGUGAAUCACAUACAGUGGAGGAACAACUUGCGGUUGGCCUCGAAAUCAAACCAUCCACCCCCGCACCAACCGCAAGUGCUAAUGGAGCCAUAUCGGUUGUAACGACAACUUCACAAUGUUCAUCACUAGCUGAUACAUCCAGUUUAUCCACAACAAUGGCAUCACUUGUGGAUGUCGCAAAUAUGGCUGCAGCAGCUGUUGCCGCCAAACAAGAGCAGAAGAACACUUUAAUGAGCGCAUUAUCCAUGGAUAGUUUGGUUAGUACAACUGGUUUCCUGAGCACAAUCGCAUCGACCGGAUUACCAUCGGCGUUAGAUCAAAUCCGAGCGUUCGCUGAAAAUUCUUCGCUGCUUCCUGAUUCUGGUACAACACUCGCGAAUGCGUUAGGUGUUAUGUCACAAGAUGUAGCUGAAAGUAUGGAUAGAUCACCUGAAAAGUUGAACAAUUCUGAACCACGUCGUAAUAGUAAUGGGAAGAUGAAACAGUAUAAAUGUAAACAAUGUCCACACAUUUCAUUCUCCAAGGAUGAUCAAUGGGCCCAUGCUCGAACUCAUAUACCGGUUGAUAAGCAGAUGAAUUGUCCAACAUGCAACUUCGUAACCGAGUAUAAACACCAUUUGGAAUAUCACAUCCGGAAUCAUAUAGGCAGUAAGCCAUUUCAAUGCAAAAAGUGCAGCUACACAUGUGUGAAUAAGUCGAUGCUAAACUCACAUAUGAAGAGUCACACAAACGUCUAUCAAUUCAGAUGUAUGGAUUGUACUUAUGCAACAAAAUACUGUCAUAGCCUCAAGCUUCAUCUCAAAAAAUACGAUCAUCGCCGAGUUCCGGACGGUAUGGAUAUUGGUGAUACGUCACCAACUCAAGUGAAACCGGAGCCGUUAACUCCGUAUCCGAACUUUGGGCUUAAACUCGACGCACCGUCUCCGGCUACAACCUUAGCACAAACUCUUGGAUUAGCACCUAUUGUGACUAGCCAAAGCCUGAACUACGCCAGUCAGAUGCUACUCAGACAACAUCAGAUGGAACAAAUGAGUUCGCUAAUCAAUGGACUGCCAACACUGCCUCAACCUCUUAAGUGCGCUGUUUGUGAUUUCCAUACGAGCUCUCAGGAAGAGCUUAUGCGACAUAAUGUGAACCAUUUCCUUAGUCAACCAACGCAAAGUCCAAUUGUUAGUCUAUACCAGACAUUGCCUCAGAUGAGCUCUUUUGCACCACCGCUUGAGGGAAUAGCUGAGAAACCAGUGAGCGCUGAACCUCAUGAGGAACGUGAUAGUGGACAUGUUGGUGACGAUGAAAUGGAGGGAAGUACUGGUAGUACCGGUAGUCCACAUUGUAGUUCUAAAGGAUUUGGAGAUGAAACUGAUCAUCCUGGUAGAAAGGUGAAGGCCUUCAAACUCGAUCAAAUUAGCCAACGUCUUCAAGGAAAAAGUCCUACAGGAAGUGAGGAUAGCGAGGAUAAGGACGGUGAAGAGCAACAUGUUGAGUGCUGCUCACCAGCACUGGAUCCACCAACAUCUUCCUGUUCCACCUCCGUAGUGAGGGCAAUCGCUCAACCGUUUGCUUCUCUGACUUCGGAUGGAACUCUGAACAUCUUCCAACAAGCCUAUUUGGCUCAAUUGAAUGCGCUCACUGCUAAGAGGGAUGAGGCAUCAUGGCGAUUCCAGUGCCAACAUUGUCGCAUGGCUUUCCAGGAUCAAGCUCUCUAUCACAUUCAUAUGGGCUAUCAUGGAUACGAACAUGUGUUCAAAUGUAAUCGAUGUGGACAUAUUGCACCGGAUUCGUUGAACUUCAAUCUUCAUCUACUACAAGCGUCACAUGAAUAG